AUGACUCCCCCGAAACGUUCUCCCCAAUGGUCUGACGGCCUCCCCGUCUUCCAAGAUCAGCCCGCCUCUCACGUCUCCGCCCCCCAAGACUCGCCCGCGUUUGCCAGAGCUCAUCGACUUUUGCGCAGCGCACAGCCGUUCCACGACCACGGAAUAGCCAAACUGAUCACGGGACCGCCUGCUGUGGCCCCCCAGCUCUCCGAACAACUUCUGCCCGCCCAGAUCUCGCCUAUACUCCACCAGCAAUCUUUAGUAGCAGAUCCAGCUUUGACUGGCCGUUUCUAUCUCGAUGAGGUGAUCGGAGCACAAUCGUCCGAAACUGAAGUGGAUGUACGCCGACUGUUUGAGGAUAUAACGAUGAUUCCAAAUAACUCUAUUCAAGAUUCCACUCGAGAUUCGUCUCAGAGCUCGAUAGCGGCUCAAUCUUUUCACUCUGAAAAAUUCUGGUCUUCAUUAAAUGAUCUAACCUCAUCAUAUUAUACGUUUGAUCCGGCCGACGGUCACGUGCCGACACGUGGUUCUGUAUUCUCGUGUGCUAAAUCUGCCAUUUCUUCUGUCUGUGGCUCAGGCUGUGGCUCAGGCUCUUAUUCUUUACGACUGGGCCAGCCUUUUAAUAUAGGCAUCUCGGCUAUAAGAAACUCCGCCGAUGAUGUGGGUGCGAAUGCAACGACUUGCGUAAAGUAUACUGAUCCCGAAGGAGCCGCGGCUAUAGCAGAAACCUCCGCGGCUCUACCAUCAAGUCCCGCGGCUCUACCAGCUACGUCCGCGGCUCCUUCAACAGAAUCCGUCGACGGAUCUUAUUCUCUCCAUCACGUGACACGCGGAGGUCCCGUGACCUGGUUUGUCAUCUCGGACAAGAUUGACCAAGAAAAAUACUUGGAAUUGGUGAAAUCUGACCAUUCCUCAAAAAACUGCGUGGCACCCAUUCUCCUCCCCGAAUUGCUUACCGAAAAGGGAAUCGCUUUCCAUUCCAUCACACAACAAGCUGACGAAUUUGUCGUCAUAUACCCUAAUGCAAUUUAUAUGAAUUAUACCAUGAACCAAACAGUUUCGGAAAUUAUUACGUUCUCUUCUAAAGAUUGGUUCACUUUUAUUACUAAUGAUCUUGAUUUAGAUUUAAAAGUAGAAGAAAAAGAUGAGGAUGAUUCAAAUGUAAUCAACAGGGAUAUCGGUAAAUAUAAAAAUAAAAAUAAGGAUAAGAUUAAGGAUAUACCCAUUCAAAGGCAAAACGAGAGGCAUCUCCCCAAACAAACUAUGCAAUCUUCAAAAUUACAUGCAGAUACAUUCCCCUCUAUAAGUUAUCAAAAGAAUACUUCUAUUCGUUCUACAACCAAUCUAGCUCAACUAUCAAACAAUAAUAACACUGAUGGCACUAAUACUAACAACAACAACACUGCUAACAAGCAAAACACCCCUAAUGCAACCCCCUUUUCUCCUUUAACUUCUCAAACUCAGUUAUUAUCAAAUACAAUAGUACCCAAUAAUAACCAAUCUUCUUCCUCUGCAGGUCCAUUUUUCCCUUCGGGUCAAUCUAUAAGUAGAAUCGCUUCACCUCUAUUGUCAAGAAUGAUGGAUUUAUCAAAUAUCGUGGAACCCACUUUAGAAGAUCCAUCUUUGAAAUUUAAGAAAAGAGGUGAAUUAAAUACACUCAAUGGUAAUUAUUUACCUUCCAUUGCCAAUAAUAGAACUUUGUCAAAUGGAAGUGCAAACACUUUACCAUCUUUUAUAAAUCAUCAAUCGAAUUCCAAUCCAAAUCCAAAUUUGUUGGAAGAUAAUGAUGAUAAUUUAAUUGCUUUAAGUUUGACUUCGAUGGCAAAUAGUGGAACCUCCUCUCCAAGACUGGCUCUAUUUCCAAUAAAUUCUCCUCUUAUAAAUCCCCAAGAUCCUUCUACUACACUCAAUAAUAAUAAUAAUAAUAAUAAUAAUAAUAAUAAUAGUAACAAUAAUAUUCAAAAUAAUAAUAAUCAACCAACAUCUUCUUAUUCUCCAUUAUCUACAAAUGCAACUCUAAUCUCUCCAAAACCUUCUUAUUCCAAUACAAACCCACUCGCGUAUACAAGCUUAUCAAAUAACUCCACUACAAAACCAUUGGUAAGCACACCAUUGAUGAGAACCACUUCUUCCAAUUUACCCUAUAUCAAGAGGUUGAAAUCUCCAAAUAUAGUCACUUUAAACAUAUCAAGAGAAACUUCAAAGAGCCCAGUCUCUUUAAAUAUGCAUGAUUAUAAAUCUCCCCUGGGUGUUACUAACCCUUUAACAUACUCCACAACAACAACAAAUCCAAAUUCACCUCUAAUUACUUCAAAGGGUAUCUCUUCCGUCAGCCCCCCUGAUACUCCUGCUACGAAAAAAUUGAGAAUCUUAAAACAAUCUUCAACCAACACAUCACCAAUUUCAAUCCCAACAUCUAAUACACUAGAUAAUCCUACCCCACUACCUCAUACUACUCAUCGCGAUAACAAUAAUAACACAAACACUCUACCUGCAUUUAAUAAUACAAAGAAAAAUGUCUCCACAAAUCAAUCGCCAAAAUUCUCUUCUGGUGAAAUUAUUGUUUCCGAAAAUGGUAAAAUAUACGUUUGUCAAGAAUGUAAAAGACAAUUUUCUUCAGGUCAUCAUUUAACAAGACAUAAAAAAUCUGUUCAUUCUGGUGAAAAACCUCAUUCUUGUCCUAAAUGUGGCAAAAGGUUUAAAAGAAGAGAUCAUGUUUUACAACAUUUAAACAAGAAGAUACCUUGUACUCAAGAUUCUUCUAUAAAGCAAAUCUCUUCUCCUCCACCCUCUACUUCUACUGCUGCUCAAUCUGCAACUUCGAAUAUUUCAACUACUCAGCAAAUUAAUCAAUCUCCAUCGAUUCAUAAUGAAUCAAAUUUAAAACAGCAAUUAACAAAUACAGAGACAUAA